UAUAAAUAUUUAUAUUCAAAUGAUAUAAAUAAAAAUUAAUAAAGUGACGUGCGAUCCAUGCGUUGAUUAUCAUAUUUAAUACAAUAAAAUUACGAUAAAAUAAAGAUUGCGGAAAGUCGAUUGAUCGGACAUCUAGCAGCUGUGUAUAAAAUUAUUGUGAUGUGUUUUUCGACCUUUAUCGCAUAACAUAAAAAGUAUUUCAAAAAUACAGUUUAUCAAUGAAACUAUAUUCAGUUUUUCUACGCUGCUCACAGCGUUACUUUUCGACUGAAUCACAACGAAAUAUAAAUGCCAUCAAGUUCGAACAUCUGAGACCGGAAGUGGUGCUUAGUAAAGAAAAUCGGAAAUCCUUUAUUGAAAAAUUCAAGAAUGGUAUAAUUCCGGAAAGAUAUGAUUCCAAACGCAUAGAUAACAAUACAACUCAAGCUGCUGUUUUAAUACCAUUAUGUACGAAUAAAGGAGAGCUAGGUUUCAUAUAUACUUUAAGAUCUACAAAAGUAACUGCGAAUCGUGGACAAGUCUCGUUUCCUGGUGGUAUGUAUGACAAGAAAGAUUCUAACCUGGAAGAAACUGCAUUACGUGAAACAUGGGAAGAACUUAAAAUUCCAAAAAAGAAAAUCGAUAUUUGGACUUCCGGUAAUAUAUUCGAUAAACAGAAUGUCAAGGUUUUGCCUGUUUUCAGUUAUGUUGGCGAAAUUGAUCCCGAAAAACUUCAAAUUAAUACAGAUGAAGUAGAAGAAGCUUUUUUUUUCAGUUUGAGAAAUCUUUGCGAUCUUUCAUUGUGUCGGUUUACUCAUUUCCGUGACAGUUACACUUUGCCAGUUUAUUUGGGUGGGAAAUAUCGCGUUUGGGGUUUCACUGCAGCAUUAACACAUAUGGUUUUAAGUGCUCUUGUACCUGAUAUUUAUAAACUUGAAUUCAUUUCUUUACCAAAAAUUUUACCACAAAAAAAAGAAUAAAA